AGUACGGCAAAACGCCAGACAAAAACUGAAACUUAGUCAUCAAAUCAAAGCCUUGUUUUUCUCAAACCCAUCUUUCUUUCCCCACCCCACUUGUCCACUUCUGUCCCUAUCUCUCUCCACACUUCUUGGGACACUGUCGUUGUCGUUUUCAUCUAUGUCACUUCCUAGCUCCCGGUUUCAUUUAUUAUAUGUUGUUGAUUUGUGUGUUGCUGAAUUCAGAAACAAGGCAUGGAGGUUAACAUUGAGAAAACGUUGCUAAUGUGUAAGAGUUUCAUGAAAGAGGUAAAGAUAUGGGGUUGUUUGAAGCAGACAGGGGUCAGCCUGAGAUACAUGAUGGAGUUUGGUUCCAACCCCACUCAGAAGAAUUUGCUCAUUUCUGCACAGUUCCUUCACAAAGAGCUUCCCAUUAGAAUUGCAAGGAGAGCCAUUGAGCUUCACUCUCUCCCUCAUGGCUUGUCUCACAUGCCUCCUGUCUUGAAGGUUAGACAUUGGUACUUGGAUUCUUUCCGUGAAAUUAUAUCUUUCCCUGAGAUCAAGAAUAUGAAUGACGAGAAAGAAUUCACCGAACUGAUUAAGGCCAUCAAGGUGAGACACAACAAUGUGGUACCUACAAUGGCCUUGGGUGUUCAGCAAUUGAAGAAUGUUUUUGAGGAUCCUGAUGAGAUUGAUGAGUUUCUUGAUCGCUUUUACAUGUCAAGAAUUGGAAUUCGUAUGCUCAUCGGGCAGCAUGUUGAGUUGCACAAUCCGAAUCCUCCUCCCAAUUGUGUAGGUUAUAUACAUACAAAUAUGUCUCCUGUGAAUGUGGCAAGGAAUGCUAGUGAGGAUGCACGUUCUAUGUGUUAUCGCGAAUAUGGCAGUGCCGCAGAAGUUCGCAUUUACGGGGAUCCUGAUUUUACUUUUCCGUAUGUUCCAGCUCACUUGCAUCUUAUGGUAUUUGAGUUGGUUAAGAACUCGCUGCGUGCUGUCCAAGAGCGUUUUAUGGACUCUGACGAAGUUGCUCCUCCCAUUAGAAUAAUAAUAGCAGAUGGAAUAGAGGAUGUUACCAUAAAGGUCUCAGAUGAGGGAGGUGGAAUACCAAGGAGUGGUCUUCCAAGAAUUUUUACAUAUCUCUACAGUACAGCCAAAAACUCAUCGUCAGUUGAACAUGAACCUUCUGAUAUUGGAACAAUGGAAAAUGUAACUAUGGCUGGAUAUGGUUAUGGACUUCCUAUUUGCCGCUUGUAUGCUAGGUAUUUUGGUGGUGAUCUUCAAGUAAUCUCUAUGGAAGGAUAUGGGACUGACGCAUAUCUCCAUUUGUCUCGUUUGGGGGAUUCGCAAGAACCUUUGCCCUGAAUCACGGAGAAGCACCAAAUUAUGCUGACGCCAGCAAUAAGAACUAUUUCUGUCAAUGUUUUUUCUAAUUGUAACAAUUUGGGACUUGUUAUAGACCAAUAUAUUUCCUGCUAGGCAUGGAGAACCUAAUUAAGAAAAGUAAAAAGAAUUUAUCUUAGAGUGUAACUUUUAAGGAUA